UUAUUUGUUGAAAGUAUUUCUUUUCCUCCCUCCUUCCCUUCCUCUCUCCCUCUCUCCCUUCCUUCCUUCUGACCUCCUCUUCUGUUAUUUCUUCCUUUCCUUUGGAAACUGAAAUCCUACUCAUCCUGCUCAUCCUGAAAUAUUUUUUCAGAUUUUUCCCCUCCUCUCAAAUUUGCUUAUUGCUCAGAGUCAUCUGACCCUCCUCUGAGUCCCCGUCCUGCCAAACACAAGGAAGAUAACUCAGACCUUUCUUUAGGUCUCUGGGCCCCAUGUGUAUUGGAGCAGGUGUGGAUUGUUUUAUCCCUAAGAUCUAAAAUUUCUUCUAACUUUCUGUAGUUAAUUCUAAGGCAGAGACAAAGGGAAUGGGUGAGUCUCCCAUAGGCCAAUAGACAUGGAUUUGUCAAUAUCAUGAAAUGUUGCCUAUAAUGAAUGAGAGAAUGUAGGUUUUCUAGAUUCUAUAAUAUUAAAGAUUUCAUGCCCAAUUUUUUACCUCAAGAAAUAAAGAAGCCAAGAUAGUCUGUCUGGUGUCUAUUUCAUGUUCUUUCUCUUUAAUUGUCUAGCUGAUGUGUCAACAACAUGGGACUAGGAAAUCAAACAAAUGCUUUAGAAUUUAUACUGCUGGGAUUUUUCCAAGACUCAGAGCAUCAACUGAUGUUAUUUGGAUUGUUCCUAUCCAUGUUUAUAGUCACCUUCCUUGGGAACUUGUUCAUCAUCAUAGCCAUUGUCUCAGAUUCCCAUCUUCAUACGCCCAUGUACUUCUUUCUCUUCAAUCUGUCUUUCGCUGACAUUGGUUUCAUCUCUACAACCGUCCCAAAGAUGCUGGUGAACAUUCAGACACAGAGCAGAUCCAUCACCUAUGCAGGCUGCAUCACCCAGAUGUAUUUUUUUAUGGUUUUUGGAGGCAUGGAUACCUUCCUUCUCACUGUGAUGGCUUAUGACCGGUUUGUAGCCAUCUGUCAUCCCCUUCACUAUCCAGUCAUCAUGAACUCCCAUCUGUGUGGCCUCCUGGUUCUUACAUCCUGGUUAAUCAGCUUGUCAUAUUCUCUGAUCCAGAGUCUGUUGAUGCUGCGUCUAUCCUUCUGUACCAAUUGGGAAAUUCGACACUUUUACUGUGAACUUGCUCAGGCCAUCAUGCUAGCUUGUUCAGACACACUGAUCAAUCACAUAAUACUCUACAUGGUGACUGGCCUUCUUGGAUUUGUUCCCUUUUCAGGGAUCCUUUUCUCUUAUACCCGGAUUGUCUCUUCCAUCCUGAGAAUUCCAUCAACAUAUGGAAAAUAUAAAGCUUUUUCUACCUGUGGGUCUCAUCUAUCUGUGGUUUCUUUAUUCUAUGUGACAGGUCUUGGUGUAUACCUCAGUUCUGAAGCAUCAUCAUCUUCCUGGAAAGGCAUUAUGGCCUCCAUGAUGUAUACUGUGGUCACCCCCAUGCUGAACCCCUUUAUCUAUAGCUUGAGGAACACAGACAUUAAGAGGGCCCUGAAGAAACUACUUGGCAGAACAUUUUAUGUUCAGUGA